UAUGACGGAGGACGCCUUCGCUGUUUACAAUGGCGGCUAAAUGCUAAGUUAAUCAAAGAAUUCAGUGUAUAUUUGUUACGUUUGCAGCAAAACACCUGGGGAAAUCGGGCAGAAUACCGUCAACAGAGCGCUUCGGGGAUGUCCAACAGAACCGCCUAUUUCUACGACCCGGACGUGGGCAACUUUCAUUACGGUGCUGGCCACCCAAUGAAGCCCCACCGCUUGUCCCUGACACACAGUCUGGUGUUGCAUUAUGGACUCUACAAGAAGAUGAUGGUGUUCAAACCGUACAAGGCAUCUCAGCACGACAUGUGCCGGUUCCACUCCGAGGACUACAUAGACUUCCUGCAGAAGGUCAGCCCCAAUAAUAUGCAGGGCUUCACGAAGAGCCUCAACACGUUCAACGUGGGCGACGACUGUCCUGUGUUUCCAGGUCUGUUUGAGUUUUGCUCCCGAUACACAGGAGCAUCUUUACAGGGUGCGACGCAGCUCAACCACAAGAUUUGUGACAUUGCCAUCAACUGGGCGGGGGGUCUGCAUCAUGCCAAGAAGUUUGAGGCGUCCGGGUUCUGCUACGUCAAUGACAUUGUCAUCAGUAUCCUGGAGCUGCUCAAAUACCACCCGAGGGUUUUGUACAUCGACAUAGACAUCCACCACGGCGACGGCGUGCAGGAAGCCUUUUACCUGACUGACCGUGUCAUGACGGUGUCCUUCCACAAGUACGGGAACUACUUUUUCCCAGGGACAGGGGACAUGUACGAGGUGGGGGCAGAGAGUGGUCGGUACUACUGUCUCAACGUACCACUCAGAGAUGGCAUCGAUGACCAGAGCUACAGACAGUUGUUUCAACCCGUCAUCAAACAGGUAGUAGAUUUCUACCAGCCCACCUGCAUCGUUCUACAGUGCGGAGCAGAUUCUCUAGGAUGUGACAGACUGGGCUGCUUCAACCUCAGUAUACGAGGACACGGCGAGUGUGUGGAGUUUGUGAAGAGUUUUAAGAUUCCCCUGUUGGUCCUGGGAGGUGGAGGCUACACAGUCAGGAAUGUGGCUCGCUGCUGGACCUAUGAGACGUCUCUACUGGUAGAUGAAUCUAUCAGUGAUGAACUGCCUUAUAGUGAGUAUUUUGAGUACUUUGCUCCAGACUUCACGCUGCACCCAGAUGUCAGUACCAGGAUAGAGAACCAGAAUUCAAGACAGUACUUGGAGCAGAUCCGUCAGACAGUGUUCGAGAACCUGAAGAUGCUGAACCACGCUCCCAGUGUCCAGAUCCACGAUGUGCCCUCGGACUUGCUGGGCUACGAGCGCAAUGACGACCCUGACCCGGAUGAGCGGGGGGCAGAAGAUAAUUAUACCAGGCCGGAGGCAGCCAAUGAGUUCUAUGACGGGGACCACGACAACGACAAAGAGAGCGAUGUGGAGAUUUGACCUAAGGAAAAAAAAGAAUGAAACGGACAGACUCCCCUCCUCCUCGACACCCCCCCCACCCCCCCACCUAUGAUUUCAUCCAUCCAUCCGACCAUUCAGGUCGUACAUCUGAUCCCUGAACCAGGUUCCAGCUGAAGAGUUCCCUGAACCCUGAGCACAGACAGAAGAACAGGACUCGUGACCCCUCAGCUUUUGACACAGGUGCCCCGACCGACCAGAGGAGGCGCUACUGCAGUGACCAGGACACAUACCCACAUCCGGCUUCCCACCCGCAGACACAGCCAAUUGUGUCUGUAGGGACGCCUGACCAAGCCGGAGGUAACACGGGGAUUUGAUCCGGGGAUCCUCCUGUUGGUAGGCAACGGAAUAGACCACUACACCACCCUGACACCCCAGAUAGCAUCUUUUGAGCUUCAGCGUCAGAAAUUGCCCAACUUGUAACCAACAGUCUAGUCAGCACACAGGGGCCUCAUCAGGGAACAUGGACCUGGUCUUCAUCAUCAGCUUUAUCUCUGUAAUGCUUUAUAAUACACUUGAUUUGUUGGACCUGUACCUGGGUUUUGCAUUCAUAACGAGUUACAAAUGAAUUUACGUUCUGUCCAUACUAAGCUCUCCCCCCAGCUUGUUGUCUUCAUGAAGCAGUGUGGGCACAGGGGACUGCAGGCUAUUCAUCAUACUAAGCUCUCCCAUCAGCUCGCUGUCUUCAUGAAGCAGUGUGGGCAUGGGACUGCAGGCUCUUCAUCAUGCCAUGUUAGUAGUGAUGUGCCUUACAUCAACCUGGACCAUCACACCCUGCUGUCGACCUGGUGAACUCCUUCACAUCAUGGUCAAGGGUUUUGAAUGACAUGGACAUGGACGAGGUCCCUGGACUUGACUAUGAAGAACCAGGUCCCAGCAUCGUCUAAAAAUCUUGUAUUCCUCUCCCAUUCCUCUUCACUGUCCUUUCUACUGUAUAUACAAGUGUAUGAUUUGUCAUUGUGUUUAUAUUGUUAAGGAAAAUUGUGACAUUUAUACCUCUUUUAUAACUGUUUGGUCUGUGAUUAUUUACCGGUGUGAUACCUGUCUGCUUUGACACGUAACCCACGUCAGUAUACACGUGACCAGUUUGUCUCUUCCAGACCUUGAUGAAGGCUCCUUCCCCCUCACAGAAUGUCUCGUGUACCUCGUCCUCAAGGCCAAGGUACACUACACUUACUGAACAACGAUGUUGUGAGACCACAUGACGUCAGAAGACUGAAAGGUGGUAGUCUGAUACUGUCCAUCCAUCCAUCCAUCAUCCAAAGUGCUUAUCCUGCUCUCGGGGUCCCGUGGGAUGCUGGAGCCUAUCCCAGCAGUCAUUGGGCAGCAGGCGGGGAGACACCCUGGACAGGCCGCCAGGCCAUGACAGUGCCAAGAGAGAGAGAGAGACACACACACACCUAGGGACAAUUUAGUACAGCUGAUUCACCUGACCUACAUGUCUGGACUGUGGGAGGAAACCGGAGAACCUGGAGGAAAGCCAUGCAGACAUGGGGAGAACAUGCAAACUACACACAGAGGACGACCCCCAAGGUUGGACUACCCCGGGGCUCGAACCCAGGACUAAAACAGAAUAAACGAAAC